AAAUGUCAAAAAGACAAACGUCAUACGAGAAACCAAAAUUGUUUUAUUUGGUUUUCCUACACAGUAGAUUUUAUCAAUAGAUUAGUAGUUUUAGUUGUUUGAUUAUGAUAUUUUUGUUGCUGUGUUGAAUAGUUUAUAAUAGUUCCCUUUGUAUAUAUUAAUUUAUUAAGCGUAACAUGGAUACGUCCGCCGAAUUUAUUUUAUCAGAGAGUACGGUCAAAGUAGGCUCAGAUUCAGAGAAAAGUUCCGAAAAAAGCGAAAAUUUUGAAGAAUUAUUAGGAGGCGAAAGUGAUGUUUCAUCAACUGAGUCUAAUGAGAACAGAUCUUUGGAAGAUUUUGAUAAUAAUUUGCCAGAAACUGUUACCCUACUAAAGCAUCCUUCUACUGGAGUAAAAGUUUAUCUUGUUGGUACGGCACACUUUAGUAAAGAAUCUCAGGAAGAUGUUAUUAAGGUGAUUAGAAAUGUUCAGCCUCAUAUUGUUAUGUUGGAAUUAUGCAAAGCAAGAACAAGCAUCUUGUCAUUUGAUGAAGAAACAAUUUUGGAAGAAUCAAAGAACAUUGAUAUGCAAAGAAUACUUUCUACCAUAAGAAGCAAUGGGGUUUAUAAUGGAAUUAUGUAUUUACUUUUAUUAAACAUGAAUUCCCAUCUUACUAGAGAAAUAGGAAUGGCCCCUGGGGGAGAGUUUAGGGCUGCAUUCAAAGAGGCAGUAAAAUUGCAAAAUUGUGGAGUACAUUUGGGAGACAGGCCUAUUCAAAUAACUCUCCAGAGAGCAUUAGCAAAAUUAUCUUGGUUUCAAACAAUUAAAUUGGCAUGGCAUCUUUUAACCACUAAAGGGCCAAUUAGCAAAGAAGAAAUAGAACGUACCAAAAAACGCGACAUGUUAGAGCAGCUUCUGGCAGAGAUGUCUGGUCAGUAUCCUGCUUUGGGUGAAGUCUUUGUAGACGAACGCGAUGUUUACCUAACGCAUUCAUUGCAAAUGGCAGCUACCCUGAAACUACAACCCAAGACUCACUUGGAGAAUGUAAUGGAGCCUCUAAGAGUCGUGGGUGUGGUGGGUUUGGGUCAUGUAAUGGGUAUAACAAAACUAUGGAACAUCGAUCAGCGGCCCUAUGUGGAUGCAAUUUUGACCGUUCCGCCGCCUUCCACCUCAUGGAAAAUAUUGAAAAUAACGGUUAGGGUGUCUGUUCUAACUUUGGGAUGUUAUCUGCUUUAUCGAUUUGUGCCAGUGCCCCAGGUACUCAAGGAAACGUGUCAAGACGUUUUAGACAAGAUCACAACGACUACAAAAGAUCCCUAAUCAACUCUUGUGAUAAGUACCAAGAAAAACAGUUAUUAAAACGAAGGAUGAGUGAAAUCUUGUUGAAUUAGUAGUUUUUCCUACUUUGUUGUUUUUUUUUGUGGGGCUAUGGUGUACAAUUUUUUUUUAAUUAAUAGCAUAAAGCUCAUUUAAGUAAGAUUAAACUGUAACUUACACUUUGGUUUUAAUUAUUAUACUUUUUUAAGACAUUCCACGCUUAUUUUUAAGUGUAAUAAGGCGAAGAUUAUUUUUAGCUUGUUUUCAAAAAAGCUGUAAGAAAAUCCUAAGAAAUGUACUGCUUUUACACAAAAUGUGAUCUUUUGCCAUUAAAUUCAUUACUAUGUAUUACAAUUAAAAAGAAGAAUGUAAAGCGAAUCUUGCAAAAAAUAUAUAUUUUCCUAUUA